AUGCAGUCCCAUAUUGAUAUCAUUAGUAUUGCACCUUGGACCCCGGAGAUAAGUCAAGGAAGUCCUCAAAAGACUACUAGAAAAUUUAUAGUGAGAGAGGUGCGCCGGGAGGCGGGCAGCGCUCUAUACCGGCUGUGCGCGGGCGGCGAGGUGGCGGUGCUGGCGCCGCUGCUGCAGCUGCUGCUGGAGCACCUGCCACGCGCCGCGGACAUGCGCCCCCACCACCCGCACCACCACCACCACCACCACGAGGUCGUUCAUCAUCAUGCCGAAGAAGGUAAAGAGCCCUAUGGCCCUGCGUGUCGAGACUACUUCUGGCUAGUUUGCAGGCUUAUAGACGGACUACCCGAAGACUUUUUCAAAGAUGGAGCCACCUCCGAAGAUAGCGGGGCGCCGGAUCUGAACGAACUGUGUGAGCAGAUUCACGUGUCGCUCGAGAAAAGGGAGAUAAUUGAGAAGCGUUCGGAGCCGUGCACGCCCGACGACGGGCUGUACGGGCAGCUGAGCCUGCUGACGCAUCUAUUGAAGCACCCGCUGAGGUUCAAGACCUCCGAACAAGGAACAAGGACAUUAGAAAUGGUGUUCGGUUUCCUGUUCGACGUGCCCAAUCCGGAGCAGAGGAACCUCCCCAAGUGCAAAUCGCAGAAGUCCCGCGCGGCGGCUUACGACCUGCUCGUGGAAUUGGUUCGCGGCGCGCCCGACAACUAUAUGGUGCUGCACAAUAAGCUCAUGGAGCACCAUAAACCGGGGCCGCAGUCGGGCUACCCGUGGGACUACUGGCCGGCGGAGGAGUCGCGCUCCGAGUGCGGCUACGUGGGGCUGACCAACCUGGGCGCCACGUGCUACAUGGCCUCGUGCAUGCAGCACCUGUUCAUGAUGCCGCAGGCGCGCGCCGCCGUGCUGGGCGCGGACCCGGCCCACAGCCGCCACGCCGCCACGCUGCACGAGAUGCAGCGCAUGUUCGCCUACCUCAUGGAGAGCGAGCGAAAAGCCUACAAUCCUAGAAGCUUUUGCAAGGUAUAUCAAAUGGACCAUCAGCCACUGAAUACCGGCGAGCAGAAGGACAUGGCGGAGUUCUUCAUCGAUCUCGUCUCCAAGCUUGAAGAGAUGACGCCCGAGCUCAAGAAGCUAGUAAAGACCUUGUUCUGCGGAGUUCUCAGCAACAAUGUUGUUUCAUUGGACUGUUCGCACGUGUCCCGUACGCUGGAAGAGUUCUACACGGUGAGGUGCCAAGUAGCGGACAUGCGGAACCUGCACCAAAGCCUGGACGAGGUCACAGUCAAGGACACCCUGGAGGGCGACAACUGCUACACCUGCUCGCAGUGUGCGGCCAAAGUGCGCGCCGAGAAGAGGGCGUGUUUCAAGAAGUUGCCGCGAAUCCUAUGCUUCAAUACUAUGCGGUAUACAUUCAACAUGCUGACGAUGCUCAAAGAGAAGGUCAACACGCACUUCUCUUUCCCGAUGCGACUGGAUAUGUCUGGAUACGUCGAAAAACACCUGAUGCCGGCACAGUACCAAGAAGAGAAACGAAAGUCUGAGGAACUUAAGAAAGACGGUGAAGGAAGUCCGAGCGCAGAGAGCGAAGACAAUUCCGAGUUUGAGGAACAUUACGAGUACGAGCUGAUCGGCGUGACGGUGCACACUGGCACGGCGGACGGCGGCCACUACUACUCGUUCAUCCGCGAGCGGGGCCGGGAGCGCGGCAGGGAGCAGAGCGACCGCUGGCUGCUCUUCAACGACGCCGAGGUGAAGCCCUUCGACCCGGCGCACAUCGCGGCCGAGUGCUUCGGCGGCGAGAUGACGAGCAAAACCUACGACUCCGUGACAGACAAGUUCAUGGACUUCUCGUUCGAGAAGACGAACAGCGCGUACAUGCUGUUCUACGAGCUGAGCCCUCCGAGAGCGCAGCGCGCGUCCGACGGCGCGCCCCAAGACGAGGCGCAGUCGUCGACGGCGGAGGAGUCGAUCGCCAGCCCGUCGCUGGAGAGGCGCUGCGGCGAGAGCGCGCCCGCCGCCGACCUGCCGCCGGACCUGCUCAAGUGGAUCUGGGACGACAACAUGCAGUUCCUGCACGACAAGAACAUAUUCCAGCACGCGUAUUUCACGUUUAUGGGCCAGAUGUGCAGCUCGGUGCCACAGUCGUUGCUGACCCUCAGGCCCGAGAUCACGGAGGUAGCGGCGCGGCUGUCCACCUCAUUUUUCAUCGAGACCUUUAUACACGCUAAGGAAAAGCCGACAAUGGUGUCGUGGGUGGAGCUGGUGACGAAACAAUUCAACGCGUCGGCCGCCGCCUCAGAGUGGUUCCUUGGCCAUAUGGCGGAAGACACGUGGUGGCCGAUGCAGGUUCUAAUCAAGUGUCCCAAUCAAAUGGUUCGUCAGAUGUUCCAGAGGCUGUGUAUGCACGUAAUUCAAAGGCUGAGAUCUAGUCAUUGUGCCUUGUACCUUCAGGGCAUGGAGGAAGACGAGGAUAAUAGUAAAUUGGGAGAAGCGAGUUGUGUUACUAGGUUUAUAAGAAUGUUGUUAUCUUUGAUGGAGAACGGUGCGAGGUCACACCUGCGUCAUUUAACGGAGUACUUCAGCCUUCUAUACGAGUUCAGCAAGAUGGGCGAGGAAGAGGGCAAGUUCAUGCUGAGGAUCAAUGCUAUUUCAAGCAUGGUCAGCUUCUAUCUCGGACAAAACUCCACAACGGCGGAGUCGCCGUCGGAGGAGGCGGGCGGCAGCGGCGGCAGCGGGGGCGGCGCGGAGAGCGGCGACAAGCUGCGGCCCGGCGCGCUCGACAAGAUGGUGGCGCUGGUGGCGGGGCUCGUGGAGCGCUCGCGCGACGCCAACGGCCACCUCGCGCUGCCCGAGCCGGACGCGCGCGCGCUGCUCCACGCCAAGGGGUUUCCCUUUAUUUACCAACAGACUCGGGACUGUUUAAACUUGCAACAGACACGGUCACUUAUCUUCGCACUGUGCCGAUGGAACGAGCCCUUAGCGCAAAAGAUCGUGAACAUGAUCUUUCAAGCAAUCGCUAAACAUUCAGAGAGCUGCGGCGCGUUGUUCAAGCUGCUGACGCUGCUGGUGGAGGGGAGCGGGGGCGGUGCGGGAGCGUCGGGCGGGCUGCCGUGCUUCACGCAGCUAGUGCUGGCGCGGCUCUGGGACGCUGCGGACGUGUGCCCGCACGCGGCGCUCGAGUGGCUCGCGCUGCAGGUGCCGCGCAACAAGGCGGCCCACGCGUGGGCGCUGCGCACGGCCGAGCGCUGGGUGGAGGCGCAGCUGCUGGGCGCGGGCGCGGCGCGCGUGCGGGCGGCGGCCGCCCUGCUGCUCGUGGCGCUGGUGCCGUCGCAGCACUUCCGCGCGGGCUACGCGCGCGCCCGCCCCCAGCCGGCGCCCGCCCACCACCACGCCAAGCUGCCCGACACGGCGCACCACGCGCUGCACCAGGUGUACACUAUGUUGUUGGGCAAGUUGAAAGCGGCGAAGAAGUAUACUGACAUCGCCGUACACGGUACGAUGAAGCUGACUGCGUACUUCGGGGUCAUGUCGUACUGCGUCGUCAGCCGGGUGGAGAAGCUAAUGUUCGGGCAGUACUUCAACGACCUGUGGGAGCUGUACCACCCGGCGAUCUCGGAGCCGUCGGUGGCGGUGCACCCCAACAAGCAGGCGCUGCUCACCUUCUGGCACGCGGUGUGCGUCGACUGCCCGGAGAACGUGCAGCUGGCGGUCGCCAACCCGCGCCUCACCAAGCACAUCGCCUUCAACUACAUACUCGCGGACCACGAAGACGGCGAGGUGGUGGCGUACAACCGGGCGAUGCUGCCGCCGUACUACGCGCUGCUGCGGCUCUGCUGCCGCCGCUCGACCGCCUUCGCGAGGAGCCUGGCGCAGCACCAGAACAUCCACUGGGCCUUCAGGAACAUCGCGCCUCACGCCCACCUCUACCCGGGCGCCGCCGACGAACUGCUCAGGCUGGCGCGCAUUCUCGCCGCGCGUGGCGGCAAUGCCAGUGGCAGUGGCGGCGGUACCGUUGACGUCAUCGACAGCAGAGAGGCCGCCGCAUUCAGGCGCAGCACGCUCUCCGCUUACUUACAGGGUUUAAAUGGAAGAACGUGUUGGACGACCUUAAUAUCGGCGUUCUGCACUUUGGUCGAGAACGAGGAUGACAGGCUGUAUGUCGUCUAUAACGGCGGCUUGCAGAUGACCUUCGAGGUACGCGCUGCACAGCCUGCACGCGGUGUACGUGGAGGGGGGCGUAGGCGGCGUGGGGGGCGGCGGCGGCGGGGGCGGGGCGGUGCGCGCCGAGCUACGGCCGCGCUGCGCUGGGCGCGCGCGCUCUGCCGCACGCUGCGCACGCGCCGCGACGCCAAGGAGGCGCGCGCGCUGCUGCUCGCCUGCAAGGACUGGCCCGAGUGCGCCCGCCGCCUGCUCACCAUGCUCAACCUGCACCAGCGGCUCAGCCACCUGCGCCUCGCCGCGCUCGGCGUGCUCCGCGAGCUGGUGCUGAUCGGCGGCGGGGCGGCGCUGGGGGCGCUGGUGCCGCUGGCGGCGGGGGCGCACGCGGCCGCGCGCGGUGCCGCCCGGCCCCGCCCCCGCGCGCCUCACGCCGCGCACGCCCCCGCGUCCCGCACGCCAGCGCCCCUCGCGCCCGUCUACCGCCCCUACCACAAGUUCAUCGACACGUGCUGCCGCGUAGCGAGGAGCCAGCGCUGCAUGUCCGAGCAGCUGGUUCUGCUGUCGGCACUCUGCGCGCUCGAGGCGGUGCCCCUCAAGUUCAACUACUUCGCCGCCUUCUGGCGCGACGUCGCAAACACGCCGGCGGAUGCUAAAUUGGAGGAGAUGCUCCUGGAGUGCAGCGUGGUAACGGAGUACGUGGACGCGGUGCUGUUGGACGAAAGGGAUUCGCUCGAGGACCCCGCGAUAUACGAAUUUAUGCAGCACUACUACCCCAAGCUGUGCGCACUGAGCAACUCGUCGGGCUCGCCGAGCGGCGCGUCGAGCUCGUCGGCGGCGGGCGCGGGCGCGACGAGCUCGGCGGGCGCAGCGUGCGCGGCGGAGGCGCUCGCCGACGAGCUCGCCGCGGCCGCCGUGCGCUCGCCCCCCCACGGGCUGCUGGGCGCUACACGCGCGCUCGCCCUGCUGGCGCACCGGGCGCACCGCUCCGCCCCCUUGGCCCGCGCGCUGCAGCGGGCGGCCGCCGCGAUGCAGGAGCGCCUGCUCCGCGCCGCCGACGAGGAGGGCUCCGAGCCUGAGGCGGACGUGGAGACGGUGGAGGCGGCGCGCUGCCCGUCGCGCGACGGCAGCGAGGCGGAAGCGGAAGCGGAGGCGGAGGAGGAGGCGGCCGACGAGAUCCCCCCGGAUGCGGACGAGUCGCCCGACGACGAGCCGUUGCCGCAGCACGAGCGCGAGCGCGACCGCCUCGCCCACCUCACGCUCGCCGUGCACGCGCUCGCCGCCGCCGCGCACCGCCCGCCAGACGGCGACACGGACGCGCCC